UCAUGCUUCCAGCUCAAGCUAGGGUUGGUGGCUAUGGCGCGGCGAUUGCUCGUAGCGAUGAUCCAGCUGCUUGUGAUCGCUGCUGUGGCUAAGAAGGUCCGGAUUCCCGAUCAUCUGGAUGAUGUCGUUGACGAUGAGGAGGAUGAGGAGUGGAAAAUGUGGGGGAAGAAGGCCGUCUCCAAGCCCGUUUUUGAUCCUCCGCCGGACUUCACAGGUAUGACGCCCGACCAGAUCCAGGCGGAGAUGAUGAAGCGCCACAUUGGUCCCGCAAUGGGAUUCGUCAAGCUCCGCUUGGAUGUUCCACGAUCAAAGGAGGAGCUGCCAGAGCUUGCGAAGAAAUGGUCGCGGCUUCUUCGCACUGGAGGCAUUGGUGCCAGAGUGACUGCCGUGGAUUUAAACACCCUCAUGUUUACACUAGAUAGCGGAAAGGAAACCACGGAGCUCAAGGACUUUUUCCUAAGGCAGCCAGAAGCUUAUGAAGUGAAAAUUGGGCAGCAAGCUUUUCGGCGCCCUGGAGAUCCUCCGCUGGAAGUUGUCAUUGAAAAACGGAAGCUGGCAAAGGAGAGAAAGCAAGAGCCAAAUGACGAACUCUGAAACUUUUCUCAAAGACGAUGUACUCUCAUUUUGGACGUGUGGAGUGAAACCGUGGUGGAAAACCAUGGUACCUCAAAGGAGUAGCCGAUGUUACACGUAAUCGAGGGAGCAGCGGAGGCACACUGAUAUUAUCAACGCUGAGGUACUAAGGGGGCGAUGACCAGAAAAAAUCUAGCUUCUGGUCAGGCCUCGCUGGAACUCGAGGAAGCGGCAAGACGCCAUUGCCAUUUUGAAGCUUCUGUGAAUUCAGGGUGGCCGUGAGGAAGAGUUUUUAAGCGGCUGGUAUCCAUAAAGGGUGAUAUUGAAGCUUGCACUGAAAAUGUUGAUAAAAGACAACACAUCUAGAACAAAAAUGCACAUAUCAUAGCUUGAGAUUUUUUAUUUUUAAUAAACAGAUAUAAACAUUGUGAA